GAACACGAGAGCGGUUGAGAAAACCAGAAAACCCAACGAGCUGAGCCUACUGUACUGCCUCUGCCUGCAGUCCUGCGCCAACCAAGAAAGCAAAGCCCCAGUUCAAAAAAAGAAAAAGAAAGCAAAGCCCAAUCAAGCAGAAGGAGAAGAGGAAGAAUGGGGGAGGCGCCGUGCAGCGUGGUGGCCGCGCCGCGCCGUUCCCCGGCGCGCUUCCGCCUGCCACGCCACGGGCUGCGCCGCAAGGUCCACGUCGUCCGUCUCGGGAACGGCGGUGCCGGCGCCGGCGCGCGGGCUGGCGGGGUCCGCCGCCUCUGCGGCCUCCGGCGUCGGAUCAAGCUCCGGUGGUUCCGGAGCACCAUGUGGCGCCUGGCCGAGCUCUGCGUGGCGGUGCUGUCGGGCCCCCCGGGGACGGCCGACGCCCCGUCGUCGUGGACCGGCGUGGAGCCGUGCUUCGCCGCGCCCUUCCUGCCGGCCGCGCUGGUGAGGCGCGCGGGGCAGGAGUAGCUAGCCUAGCUGGUGACGGUGCUACCCUGCGAUCAUGAAGACAUCAGCACUAAUGUAUAUACCACUACUCACUACUGCUCAAUGGAGAUUGCAGAAGUAGAUUCAUAUGUAACGAUUUCUUUUAACCGCGGCUCAAGCGAUUCGUUGAUGUCUGAAAAUCUGGAGAUUGCAUUGCUUA